GGGGCAGCAGCCUGUCUGUCAGAGGCUGUGGUGUCGCAUCCACUAUUUUCAUUUCCUCAAAUCGCCUUGCAUGGAUACAUCAUGGCUACGUUUAUAUACAGAGUUCAGUUCUUAGAUGAUACUGAUCCUUUUAACAGCACCAAUUUCCCCGAGCCCACCAGACCACCUCUUUACACGUUCAGGGAAGAUAUUCCUCUGAUUAAUCAGAUUGCUGGAGUCCAUAGGCUGCUAAAAGCCCCACAAAAGGCGGAUGAUUGUGCGCUUCAGCUGUCCCAUAAUGGAAGCUACCUGGACUUGGAGUCCACCCUGGCAGAGCAGAGAGAUGAGCUGGAGGGAUUUCAAGAGGAAGGAGGAGGGAGAGGCAAGAAGCACAGUGUUAUUCUGCGGACUCAGCUGUCUGUCAGAGUUCACGCCUGCAUUGAAAAACUGUACAACUCUACUGGACGGGAACUACGGCGAGCCCUUUUUUCCCUCAAGCAAAUUUUUCAGGAUGACAAGGACCUGGUGCAUGAGUUUGUGGUGGCAGAGGGACUGACAUGUUUGAUAAAAGUGGGGGCUGAAGCAGACCAGAACUACCAGAAUUACAUCCUCAGGGCUCUUGGUCAGAUAAUGCUGUAUGUGGACGGGAUGAACGGCCUCAUAUCUCACAAUGAAACAGUGCAGUGGCUGUACAGCCUGGUGGGAUCCAAGUUCCGUCUGGUGGUGAAGACGGCUCUAAAGCUGCUGCUGGUGUUUGUGGAGUACACUGAGUCUAACGCCUCCCUGCUCAUAAAGGCUGUGAAUGUUGUGGAUGCAAAACGAGACACAAAACUGUGGUCAAACAUAACGGAAAUCCUGGAUGAAAAGGAUGGAGUGGAUACAGAGCUGCUGGUGUAUGCAAUGACUCUCAUCAAUAAGACUCUGGCAGGCCUCCCAGACCAGGACUCAUACUAUGACAUGGUGGACUGUCUGGAGGAGCAGGGCAUCGAGACCAUGGCCCACAGACACCUGAGUAGGAAGGGCACUGACCUUGACCUCGUUGAACAGUUUAAUAUUUACGAGAUGACUCUCCGGCAUGAAGACGGUGACGAUGAAACACAGUUGCCACCCAGCGGGCGCAAAGACCGCCGUCGGGCCAGCGUUGGUGGCACGAAUGAGAGGCGUGGCCUAGAGAGAAGACGUAGCCGGAGACAUUCCCUUCAGAACAGCAGAGGCCACGCUUCUGCCCCAGCUUCACCCAGCAGCCCUCACACUCCUGCAGGCAGCUUCCUGCCCUUCAGCGGCCAACGUGUGGAAGACAUUAGUGAAAGAAUCAGUGCAAAUGGCACUCCAUACCCUGGCAGGCACCAGGCUCUUACAUCUUCCAACCAUCGCUUCUCUUGUUCAGCAACAUCCACACCUGACUCCAAACCCGUAGAGAGACCUGGUUUAGGCGGCUUGCUGACUUCAUCGUACAGACAGCAUCAGGAGUCUCUGGCUGCAGAGAGAGAUAGAAGACGCGUAGAACGAGAGGAGCGACUGCAGAGAAUCGAAAGAGAGGAGAGGAACCGCUUCAAUCAGGAUUAUGGGGACAAGAGGGAGGAGCUAAGACAAGCUAGAGAAGAAAGGUACAAAGCCGUGGAGAGGUUAGCCGCAGAAGAGUUUGAGCGAGAGCGGCCCAGAGUGACAACAAGAGGGCGGACAGAAAUCACUUUGUGUUUGAGUCCCAUGCCUGCAAACCGCUCAGUGUCCUGCUCCGUUGCGCCUUCGUCUAUUGUCUCACAGGAAGACACUGUCACUACUGCACUCCAGACAUCAGGAACAGAACCAAUCUCAGAGCCAAACCUUGACACAGAGACCAGGACUAAAAGUCCAGCACCAGAGUUAACAGCAUCACAGACUUCCCCCACAUCUCCCUCUGAGCCGGACAAGCAACAGACUGAGACAGAGUCGUCUGCGGAGACAGAGGAUGCUGCUGAGUCUGAACAGAAUGCUGUGGCAGUGGCAGGGUCAGAUGAACAUUCAGGCAUGCAGAAAGAAGAGAAACAGGAGCUGGAGGAAGAGGACCAGAGUGUGGCCGAGGUAGCAGUAGAAGAGCACGUAGAAGUAGCAGAAGUAGAGAAUGUAGCAGAAGCUGAAGAGCCAAAUGUGGAGGUGAAUGUAGAGUUAGAGGAGGAGUUUGAGAAGGAGCAAUCGACAGAAAGGGAUGUAAAAGAGAGUGUACUACUGAGCGAGAAGGAGAGACAGAACGAGGAAGUGAAUGAAAAAGACAACUGUUCUGCGUCCAGCAUCUCCUCCACUAGCAGCACUCUGGAGAGGGAGGAGCGGGAGGAGAAACUCACCAAUUACAAUGAAGCAGGCCAGUGGACCCAGUGCAUUAAAGACGCAGACGUGAAUGACCAGUGCAACAAACUAAUCAACAGCAAGCGCUUCAUGCUGGACAUGCUCUACGCUCAGAAGGCAAACGGCAACGAUGAAGAGAAUGUAGACGAAGCGGAUAAAGACAUGUGUAAAUGUGAGAAGGAGACAGAGGUCAGUGACUCCUCUGUGGCCAGCUUGGCCAGCAGAAUUUCCACACUGGAGGCUCACCGGCAGGCGCGAGAGGAAAAUGUGAAGAGAAUGGAGGUUGGACAUUUGGACAACCAGGGCAGUGUCCGAGCGGUGGCCGAGAAGUUUGGCGAUUUAGUGAAAAGCCUGACGUCUGAGGUUGAAGCCUCAAAAGAGCAGCAGCAGUCUGACAAAUCGUCGCUGGUCCCGUCAUUACCCCCAAAGAAAGAGUCGGACUACAUCUGGGAUCAGCUGAUGGCCACACCCAGAGAGCUGCGGAUUAAAGAGAUGGACUUCACUGACCUGAGGGAUGAGGAUGAUAUGGAUAUUUUAGAUAUAGACAGUGUGAUGGGAUCAGGUGACCUGAUACAACCACCUCCGCCACCUGCCCUGCCACCACCCCCACCCCUAUUCGGAUGCCCCCCUCCUCCACCCAUCCUUGGCAAAAUGAUGCCCCCACCCCCGCCAUUCAUGGCCCCUAUUCCUCCGCCCUCCCCUCAGCUGAGUCGAGGGGAGGUUCCUCUCUUCCAAAAGAAGAAGAAGACAAUCCGUCUCUUCUGGAACGAGGUGCGUCCAAUGGACUGGCAGUGCAAGAGCCAUAAAUUAUGUAAGGAGUCCCUCUGGUCCAAACUGGAGCCUGUGAAACUGGACACAUCCAAGCUGGAGCAGCUGUUUGAGUCCAAAUCCAAAGAGCUGCCUGUCACAAAGAAAGCAGCUGUUGAUGGCAAACGACAAGAAAUCAUAGUCCUGGAUUCAAAACGCAGCAAUGCUAUAAAUAUUGGUUUGACUGUUUUACCUCCUCCGCGCACAAUAAAGACCGCGAUCCUCAACUUUGAUGAGUACGCACUGAACAAGGAAGGCAUCGAGAAAAUCCUGACAAUGAUCCCCACAGAGGAGGAGAAGCAGAGGAUCCAGGAGGCUCAGCUGGUCAACCCUGAUGUUCCCUUGGGCAACGCUGAACAGUUCCUCCUCACCCUCUCCUCCAUCACUGAGCUGUCUGCUCGCCUGCAGCUGUGGGCUUUCAAGAUGGACUACGAGCUUAUUGAGAAGGAAGUGGCAGAGCCUCUGCAGGACCUGAAGGAAGGGAUGGACCAGCUCGAAAAAAACAAAACACUCCGCUACAUCUUGACCACAUUGCUGGCGAUCGGCAACUUCCUCAACAGCACAAAUGCUAAAGGCUUUGAGCUGAGUUACUUGGAAAAAGUUCCAGAGGUAAAGGACACGGUUCACAAGCAGUCCCUGCUGCACCACGCCUGCGCCAUCGUGGUCGAGAAGUUUCCAGAAAGCACUGACCUCUACUCUGAGAUAGGAGCUGUAACGCGAUUAACAAAGGUGGACUUUGACCAGCUUCAAGACAAUCUGGCCCAGAUGGAGCGACGGUGCAAAGCAUCAUGGGAUCAUCUCAAAGUCAUUGCCAAACAUGAGAUGAAACCAGCAUUGAAACAAAAAUUGUCCGACUUCCUGAAGGACUGUGCAGAGAGAAUCAUUAUUCUGAAGAUUGUACAUCGAAGGAUUAUCAACAGGUUUCAUGCCUUUCUGCUGUUCCUGGGACAUCCGAUAUAUGCGGUACGUGAGGUCAGCAUUCAUCGCUUUAGCAAGAUCUUGAGUGAAUUUGCCCUGGAGUAUCGCACAACAAGAGAGCGCGUGCUGCAACAGAAACAAAAGAGGGCCAACCACCGUGAGAGGAACAAGACCAGAGGAAAAAUGAUAACAGAUAGUGAGGAUGACGAUGAUGGUGAGAGUGGGAAAUUUGGCAGUGCCGCAUCAGAGGCGCAGGAGAGCCAGCCUCAGGGGAUCCAGUACGCUGAAGAUGCAGCUGAACAUGAGAACAUGAAGGCUGUGCUGAAGAGCAGUGUGCUGGGAGGAGAAAGCGGGGCGUCCACGGUGCCCGGCCUACGAACACGCACCAGAGCCAGCAGCACCAGAGGGCGCGUUCCCCCAUGGUGCUCUGCCAGUGAUGACCCGGUGAACUGCACAGACGACACAGCUGACGAGAUCAUGGAGAGGAUCGUGAGGUCAGCCACUCAGGGGCCCAGCACCCGGACCCAACCUCGGGAGAGGAGACGAUCACGAGCCAACCGAAAGUCAUUGAGAAGGACACUGAAGAACGGUUUGACAACAGAGGAGGCGAACGCACUCGGCUUGUCCAGCGGUUCAGAGAUGCAGGUGUGAGCUGGACAGAAAGACAUCUGAAAGCCUGUUCACUGCCCCUCAAAUGCCCAUUCCCAACCCGGCAACCCGCUCCGCUCUGGCUUGGCUCUUAAAUCCUCCUAGCUUUAAUGAGUUGACUUUGUAGUCAUGUGUUCUGCAUGAUUCCAGUGCUUCCUGAAGAGUGGAUAAAACGGGGAGCUGCGUUCAAAACCACCUGGCUUUGCUUUUGCUGGAUAAACAUCAAUGAAGUGCAUCCACAAGCCUAAAUCACAAUCGCUCUAUCAACACAGCAUUGCUACAAUAAAAAGUGUGUUUUUUUUAAGGGUAAAGGCAUCAAAAGGGGUAGUCAGGGUUAGUAUGAUCUAGCCUCUGUGGCCUUGACUGAAUCCAAAGGGCUUGAAGUGUGAAACAGACACUAAACUCUCUGCUGUUUGGGUUCAGAGUCAGCCCUGCAGCUUCAGCGACACAUUGAAUUGAAAACUGUACAUCUAUUGAAUAGAUGGCUUUAUGCAGAGGGGUUUUCUGUUUAAUACUACUGUUGUAGUUGUGUGUUUCUUUUCAUUUUUUCUCAAGAAGGUGCUCAAAUAAGGAACAAUUGCACUGGAUGUAAAAGUUGGAUAUCAAUGGAAUGUGAAAUCCUUCGACACUGAUGAACCACUCCAACAUCUAAAAAUAUACUCAACAGUUUUAACCAGCAAAUAAAACGUAGCACAGAUUUUAAUGUCUAUUUUAAGUGGGCAGACUCCAGGCAGUUGUGUGUUUGAAGCUUUGUCAAAUGUCCAAUUGUAUAAGAAGGAAAAUAUGACAUUCAGUUUCAGUAAGACUGGUGACAGCACUAGUUCAGAUUCAUACUCAUCAUGCAAACAUUUUCAGCUUAAACAAACACACACAUGUUGCAUCAUGUGACCUAUUCUCACAAUUUAGAAGGAGGGCAGGAGCGGUUUUAAAGUUAGUAGUUUAGUGGUUUAAUUUUCUAUAGACUAUGAGCUGCACAUGUCAGAGUGCCUUUAAAGACAGAUAUUUAUUAAGACGUUUUCAGGGACAAAUGGAGAAAAUGUUACUACAGGUGUGCUGUCUGUGAGGGGGUGAGAAGAUCAUAUUGAAACAACCAUUAUAGAAGCGCUGUGAUUUGUUUUAAAACAGUGUUUUUAAAACUUGUCCCGGGAAAAGGUUUUCUGACAACAUCGGGAUUUGGGUGUGCACAUUAGCUGUGUCCAGGUGCCUUACUGCAGAGUAUGAACAUGCAUCUGUUCCACUGUAGUGGAGAUCAACGUGUAAUAAGAGUUGAACAUUGACAAAUGACUCUGUAGUUCAGCCGGCAUCACUGGAGAUCUCUGUCAUUAACUAAACAUAUGGAGUACUUUUACUUUGAAUCCAAACUAUGAAUGUGAACAUCAGGGGUUACAGGAUAAUAAAUAACAAGGGUGCACAUAAAAUCUUCACUAUUUAUCUAUUUAAAAACAUCUCUAUUGAAGUGGAUUAGAAGGAGCCCAAAGUUUUAACUUGUUGAUCGUGUACAUCCGUUUGAGAACAAUUAAUGAGCUCAUUUUGCUUAAGUCAUUUGGAAUGUCCUUAGCUAACAUAACAUGCAUUACUUCAGUUCAUGUCAAGGUUUAUGUAUCCACUUGCAAGUUUUCACUGUGAUGGAAACAUAGCCAUUGAUUGAAACUAGCGCAGCACCAUGAUAAAGCUUCAGAAAUCCCGACCAGCAGUCCAUUUGUUGUUUUGUUUAGAAUUGACUGAAACCUCUUCAGCACCUUAGACUCAGUGUGUAGCAUGCAGCUUAGUAGUUAUAGUGAGGGAGGAGCUCAUCGUGUUUUGUUUGUACUGACUUUAGUCAUAAACGAGACAGAGUAGAUGUGUUAUUUAGGAGAAGGCUGUAAAAUGAUGUUUCUGUCAUGACAUUGUUAUUUGUGUUCUUUGUUUUGCUCCAUGUGUAGGAUAGUGUAUUAUAGACUAAAAGCAGUAUUAUUCUAAAUAUAAUUUAAGAAAACCAGGCCAUGCAUCGUUUGAAAAGGUGGGACUUCCACUUGAUACAGAGGAGGGUUCACUGCAGAGCUGUAGGGUUACUGUGCGUGUUAUUAAUCCUUUUGAGUCCACAGACUGUAACAUGAACAUGUAGAAACACGCAGUGAUUAACGUCACCGCUCGCCUGUGAACCCCUAAGAAGCCUUUGAAUUCAUUGCACUCAACAUUUUCUUGUCUUUGAUUUAAAACAAGAACACCACACACACACACACACAUUGCUGCCUGUGCCAUAACAUCACUGUGGAACCUGGACACAAGUGCUACACAACCAAGGCUUCUACUGCAACUGUGCCCCACGGCAAAAACGAUGUAACAUCUACAAUAAAAAGGCUCAUUAAAAUAA